CCGCAGCCGGAGCCACUUCGGGGCGCGCAGAGCGGCUGGUGUCGGCGCGGCGCGGAGCCGGUGCGCGGAGCUGCGCGGCGCCCGGCGGCAGCGGCCCGGCCAUGGUGGAGGCGCGGCGGCGGCCCCUGCUCGGCGCGCCGUGCCGCCCUGUUCCGGGAUACCGGCCCCUCCGCCGCCGCCGCUAGGGAGGAGCCGCGCGGGCCGAGGGCGGAGGCAGCCCGCGGAGGGGCGCUUGGCCGCUGCGCGCCGCGCGGAGGCAUCGCCGCCGCCCGCCUCCCGGGAGGACCAUGAGCCGCGCGGUGCUGGCCUGGCUGGUGCUCUGCGGGGGCCUGGCGGCGCCGCGCCGCGCCCGAGGGGACGUGUGUGACUCCAACCCAUGUGAAAAUGGUGGUAUCUGUCUGUCAGGGUUAAAUGAUGACUUCUAUUCAUGCGAGUGUCCUGAAGGCUUCACAGACCCCAACUGUUCUAGUGUUGUGGAGGUUGCCUCAGAUGAAGAGGAGCCAACCUCAGCAGGACCCUGCCUUCCUAAUCCAUGUCAUAAUGGUGGGAUAUGUGAAAUUAGUGAAGCGUAUCGCGGUGACACAUUCAUCGGAUAUGUUUGCAAAUGUCCAGAAGGAUUUAAUGGGAUUCACUGCCAGCACAAUGUAAAUGAAUGUGAAGCUGAACCUUGCAAGAAUGGUGGAAUUUGUACAGAUCUGGUUGCCAACUAUUCCUGUGAAUGUCCGGGUGAAUUUAUGGGAAGAAACUGCCAACACAGAUGCUCUGGCCCUCUAGGAAUAGAAGGAGGAAUUGUGUCAAACCAACAAAUUACUGCGUCAUCCACUCAUCGAGCUCUUUUUGGACUCCAGAAAUGGUAUCCAUACUAUGCACGACUUAAUAAGAAGGGUCUUGUAAAUGCUUGGACUGCUGCAGAAAAUGACAGAUGGCCAUGGAUUCAGAUAAAUCUACAGAGGAAGAUGAGAGUCACCGGAGUAAUAACCCAAGGUGCCAAGAGGAUUGGAAGUCCGGAAUAUAUAAAAUCUUACAAAAUUGCAUAUAGUAAUGAUGGGAAGUCGUGGUCAAUGUACAAAGUAAAAGGCACAAAUGAAGAUAUGGUGUUCCGUGGAAACAUAGACAACAACACUCCAUAUGCCAACUCCUUCACACCGCCAAUAAAGUCACAGUACAUACGGCUGUAUCCUCAGGUUUGCAGAAGGCACUGUACAUUGAGAAUGGAACUUCUUGGCUGUGAAUUAUCAGGUUGCUCGGAACCCCUGGGGAUGAAAUCAGGACAUAUACAGGACUAUCAAAUUACUGCCUCCAGCGUUUUCCGAACACUCAACAUGGACAUGUUCACUUGGGAACCUAGAAAAGCCCGGCUCGACAAGCAAGGCAAAGUUAAUGCCUGGACCUCUGGCCACAGUGACCAGUCACAGUGGUUGCAGGUUGACCUGCUUGUUCCUACAAAAGUCACUGGCAUAAUUACUCAAGGAGCUAAAGAUUUUGGUCACGUCCAGUUUGUGGGGUCCUACAAGCUUGCUUACAGUAAUGAUGGGGAGCACUGGAUCAUAUACCAGGAUGAAAAACAAAAGAAGGAUAAGGUGUUCCAGGGAAAUUUUGACAACGACACACACCGAAAGAACGUCAUUGACCCUCCAAUCUACGCUCGGCACAUAAGGAUCCUCCCGUGGUCAUGGUACGGCAGGAUCACCUUACGGUCAGAGCUGUUGGGCUGUACAGAGGAGGACUGACAUGGAUCUUCAUUAGGCGUCACAACUCUCUAUAUCCCUAUAAGUCUCUCUGUAGAAGAAACUGCAAAACCUGUAGGAAGCUGAAUGGGUUUUUCAUGAACAAGCGCUCACUUUAUGGUAGGCCGCUAACUGUCUUUCGCAAGGAGGUCUAAGCCUGCCCUUUAAAUGAUCCAGUCCGAUUUUGUCCUUUAAAUCCAUUACAGUGUUGUCCCUUUUGCUGUGGCAUUAUCUUUCUAUUUUCUUUUAAGUUGUUCACACUGGUUGAAAUGUGUUAGGGAAAAACAGCAGCAUCCUUUUUACAAGGAAAGAGAAAUAGCAUGACAAAGCUCAUUUACGGCUUUAGAAACCCUGGGCUGACAAGUUCUCCGUAAAUCAUACUGUCAUCUUACUUGCAAAAAGUGAUACUGCAGCUUUUAGCAAUAAGUUUUCUCUGGGAUGACUGCAUUAUAGUAAUUGUUUCCCUUGUGCCUAUCAAACACUGUCAGUAUGACAUAUUUUGGAAGAUACUCUGUGGUUCUAUAAAAAUACAGUACCUGUGAAAUUACAAGCUACCUUUCAUUGCAUUUGUCUAAACUACAGAGUCCAUGCAACUAGGGAUGUUCCUAAGUAAUCCCACUUUCCUUCUCUAUUUUGCAUGCUAUGGACUUCUUUUCCGUUUAGUAUCACUGUUAUUUUCUUUGAAAGAGGUGACCUGUUUGCAUAUGGAACAAAAUCUGCUAUCAGUAUAUUAUGAAGUUAAUGAAUUUGUCAAAGUUUAUUAAUUCUGCUUGAGAUGCUGUUUUUUCAGGGAGGCUGAGAUUAGACUCCAGGGUACUUGCAGUAUCUCAUCCUGAGUGCUCACAUGGAUACAGGCACACGGUGUAGCAUAAAUCUUGAGUCCGGUUUGUGCCUUGCCCAGGAGUGAGCGCACAACCCUAGAUAGAGCUGCCUGCCUGAUUACUUUGGUCAGAAACCUGCUUCGUUUCUGUGAGGAGGAAAGUGCGGGAUGAAAGAAUUAGGUGCUAAAAGAUGCACAGAAGGAAUGACUCCCUUACUUCUGGGAGACCAUGUUGUUAGGCUUUUUUUUGCGAUGCCCGUCACAGAGUUCCUCCCAAACAUGAAUGCAACAGAGCUCAUAAAAGCUGGGCUCUUGGGAUGUGCUCCUGACUAUGUCUUUUUUGAGCCAUGCGGAGGCUGAUUUUUAUCAUGUCUUAGCUACAGAAAUGUUUCAUGUAUACUACAUUGUUUUAAGAACAGGAUAGUCAGCUGCAAGCCAAUUCUAAGGUAUCAAAAAUUGCAGAACAGUAAGGAGAACAUGAAAUAUUGUAGGGCUAUAGUCGUUAGCAACCCAUGGGCAGCCCGGGUCCCGCACUGCAGUGAGUGGGAGCAGGAGGCAGUGGGCCCCUUGCUGCAGUACUGGGAAGCAGAGCAGCUGCCCAGCUCCCCGGCAGGUAACUCGCUCACAAGCCACUGCUCUGUGAAGCGACCUCCGGGAAGGUGCAGUUUAGCAGAUCUCGGCUGUAAUACAGGAAUCAGCAAAGUUUGUUGCAGUCACAGUUCUGGGGCUCAUUUGUUGUACAGUCUUGAGCAAGUCACUUCUCUGUGCCUCGGUGUCCCUGUGACAAGGGAGAUGGUGACACCCAGCUUUGUAAAGCAGCUGGAGUUCCCGGGAGUAAGUGCUGUGUGAAUGCCAGGUUUUGUUAUUGCAGCACCUGAAUCUCAAAAAUUCUUGGAGCAAGGGGUUAGGGGCUGUUUUAUUUAUCUGAAGUAAUGGCAUGAAAUACUAAUAUUGUCACUAUUUUAAUUUCAUAACAUGCUGAUGUAGAUGUAUAGGGCUGCACGUUUUAACAAAUGUUACCGAAUUUCUUUGUUGCCUCCAUUAUGUUCUCACUGAAACUAAAAUACUGAAGUAUGAACCUGGGCGCUGCUUCCCAGAUAAACAACUAGCUGGCCCACAAUAUGCAAAGGGCAAAGUUUACUUUGGAAACAAGUUGGUUUGGAUUUCAAAACCUGCAUUUAAUCUCACAUUCUCCACCAUAGACAAAAUAUGGUCCAUGUUACUGUGAAAGACCCCAGAAUAGCAGCCAGGAAUUUUCCAAACAAGAAUUUGUGAUUGAUUUGUGGAGGUUUUCUGAUAGUGUCACUUAAAUUGUUGCAUUUUAAAACACAAAACAUCCUGCCUCUAUAAAAUGACUUAAUCCUUAAACUGUAUUUAUUUUAUAAGGCUUAGACAUUUAAAGACAUAAGACUUUUAAGGAGGAGUCUUACAAAGGUUAAAGGUAAAAGUAUGUGUAAGAAAUGUUGAGGUCCUGUGCAACACUGCUAAGUUUGUUUUUUUAUUUUUUACUUUGUGCUGCAUAACAAAAGCCACUAGACUGUUACUGUCUUGUCUGUAACUGUGUUAACAGCAUUCCUUAAUGAUGUAUAUAUGAAGUGGUCUUCAAGCAUAGUGAGGAAUUUUAAAGAGAAAGUCAAUCAUGAUGGUGUUUUUGAAGAGCAAAAAAUUUCUGAAUAGUGGAGGACAGAUGUAUUCCUAAAUUAUUUAGUGCCCAUGUUUUGCACUUUAGGCUCUUCCAAAAAAAAAAAAAAAAAAGGUAGUUUUUAGGGGGGCACACAAUAUUUAAAGGGGUCCAAAAACCAUUUUCCUGUUUCGGGAGAGCAAUUGACCAUGAAUUUAAUUAAAGAUAUGAAUAAUUGCACAUAGAUAUUUAACUACUUGACUGUGUACCCCAGAAAUGGAAGGCCUUUUUUGAAAAUUAAGCUCACUAGUUCAGCAGUUUGUUUUAAUGAUGUUUUCUAAUAUUUGUUCUGUGUUCUUAAGUGAUUUUUUUCAUGUUUAUUCAUCCUUUGCAACUCCAGUUUUGAUUUUGAUUAAUCUUCUGGUUUAGUAACUUAAUUAUGUUGGCUGUUCAUCUGCAUAUUACAGUAGCGUUGUCAUGCUACCUAAUGUAGUCAUUCUAUUUUGUAAUAAUUUAGAGUUGAGUAUUUUCAUCUUUUUGUUCUUAAUUGGCUUUCCUUUGUCGGCAUUCUUCAGAAUCUGAAAACAAAGCUUUGUACAUUGUGAUAACACUCUGCUGUAAUUUCUAAAAGAAUCACAUAUAUGUUGCCCUUACAUUUUCAACCGAUGUAGUGGGGCUUUUUCUAGUGAUAAAGUUCAUUCCUUAGUUGACCAAAAGCUUUCUUUAGAUGGCAAUGUGCAGCCAUGGUGCCACAUUCUGCUCCUAGUGUCAGCUCUAUAAAUCUGAAAUAACUCUUCAUUUCUAUGGAAUUAUUUCAGAUUUAACAAAACAGAUGAGAGUCAGAUGUGGCCUAUAGUUAAGAUGAUUUCCUUUAAUUUUAUUUUCCUCGUUGCAUGAAAAUUGUUGAUAUUAAAGGACAAAUUCUAAACUAACACUGUUCUGCUGAUGAAAGCAAUUGGCAUUCCAAACAUAGAGGAGUAUUGGGGUUCUCGCUUUAAGAGCGAAUAGAAAAACAUCCUGAAAUAAUCCUCAAAUUUUGUGUUACUUGUUACAAUGACAUUGAACAAGAGUGAAAAUGUUCUCCUAGUUAAAUUUCACCCUGAACCAGUUAAAUAUUUGUAAGCAGACUUCACAUUUCUAUAGCUCUAUAAUGUGCUACUUUUAUAGCCUAAGAAACAAAACAAAGGCACAAGGCUUAGUUUUAUCUGUGUUCUAUUAAGGGCUUACCACAUUAACUGGUUCUGAUUUUGAGGUUGACUUUCUCUUUUGGAAUGACUGCAUACAAAUUAGUGUGAGUUUUGAAGACUAAGGAUACUAAAUGAGUGUAUCUUUGCUAUACAACAAAUAUGAACUAUAAUAUUCAGUGCUGGCUUCUGAUGUGUCAGUAGGUGCAGAAGUAUCUCAGACACAAUGACCUUUGCAACCUUUCAAGCUGUGUAAUAUUUAAAUGGUUUUGUAUAUACUUAAAUCAUGUAGAAUGAUGUAAAACCAGUAUGACCUUGUCUAGUCUUCAAACUUAACAAUAAAACUUUUGAAAAAUGA